CGAGCCGUCUCCCGGAUAGAUAAGCAAUUUUCACCUGCGGCUCGUGUCACGUCACUACAAGAAAACCUUUAAUGAUCGGUUGCUGCAGCAGACAAACAGUCGAUCGCUCAAAGAGUAAACUCUCCCUCUCUGGACCGUGUAACGCACUUUAACACGGACUCCUUCUCUUUCACUAGCCGCUUAAAUAGACGGAGCCUUAGCCCAGACGGGAAUGCAGUUCUUUUUUUUUCGUCCCUCUCCGUCUGCACCGGGACAAGUUAAGUAGUUGCAACUCGUUAACGCAUGCGUGUACUUAAAAACAUGGAAUGCAUGGGAGCUCAGAUGCUGCGCUGAAUGAGAAGAGGAGUUCUAUGAGCCUUGACCAAAACCAUCAACAAAAACAUUUUUCCCUGGUAAAUUUUGCGCUAUUUCUAGUUUCAGUCAGAAUCUGUAUGUGUUUUCUUUUCUUUAGGCACCCCCACCUGUCUUACCAGCGUUCAGACCGGUGUAUAAGUAGUAGCCCACAGAUUCCUUUUGCAGUGACGCCUGUUUAUCAGAUCUAUUUGCCUCGUAGCUGUACUUCAGCAGAGAUGGACAAGCACAAUGCGCCAAACCUGACGGGAUAAAACAUCCCUGCUGGUCACUGUUAAAACAACUGAGACACCUUCAACUUCAAGGACCUAAAGAAUUAAUUUUUUCUUUGCCUCCAAUCUUUCUGAGGUAAACUUUUCUAAUCCGCGGCUCUCCUCCUGGUUCCCUUCCCCACUCCGGGUGAAAUCACAGCGGGAUUUCUAUGAAGCGACGCCUCGGGUGACUAGACUUUGUUGGAGAUUUUGCUCUUUUUCCAGAGGGACAUCAUGUGGACUCCCACUGAAGACGAGAAAAUCGGUGUUGUCAUCUGUAAUUUCCGAGGCUCAGUGACUCAGGGUUUGGCUCUGGAGGUGGGGGAGACAGUGCAGAUCUUGGAAAAAUUUGAAGGAUGGUACAGAGGAUUCUCAACAAGGAAGCCGAAUGUCAAGGGAGUUUUUCCUGCCAGCUACAUUCACUUGAAGAAAGCCAUUGUUACCAACAGGGGACCUAAUGAGACGGUGGUGCCUCUGGAAGAUCCAAUUGUUACUGAGGUGACAUUAACUCUUCAGGAAUGGGCUUUACUAUGGAAGCAACUCUAUGUGAAACACAAAGUGGAUCUGUUCUACAAGGUCCGACAUGUUAUGAUGGAGCUGAUUGACUUGAGGAGGCAGCUGCUGUCCGGUCACCUCACACAGGACCAGAGCAGAGACGUCAAGAGACACAUCACCGUCAGACUUGACUGGGGCAACGAACACUUGGGUCUGGACUUGGUCCCAAGGAAGGAGUUUGAGAUGGUUGAUGAAGACCAGAUAAGUGUCUCAGAUUUGUAUAAAAUGCAUCUGUCCAGCAGACACAGCGUCCAGCAGAGCACCACACAGGGCGAGAAUAGCCGGCAGAGACACGGAGAACCAUCCAGGGUUCCGGUACCACACCACCUACUGGUCAACCUGAAGAGCUUCACCUACAACAGCAUAGGAGAGGACACAGACAUAUUUUUCUCUCUCUACGAUCUGAGGGAGGGAAAGACCAUCAGCGAGAAGUUCAUGGUGAGAUUAAACAAGAACGGAGGACCAAAGAAUCCAGAGAAGGUGGACCGGCUGUGUGCACUGUUCACGGACCUGAGCAACAAAGACAUGAAGAGAGAACUCUACAUCGUCUCACAAGUUAUUCGGACAGGUCGCAUGCUGCUGAAUGACAGUAAGAAAGGUCCGCCACAUGUUCAGUAUCGCAGACCACACGGCUGCGCUGUUCUGGCCAUGAGCGACGUGCUGCAGAUCAUCUCAGAACUCAAAGAGGAGAAAGACUUUGUUCUUAAAGUCUACACGUGUAACAAUGAGAAUGAAUGGUACCAGAUCCAUGAAAAUAUUAUCCGGAAGUCAAGUACCAAAUACACAGCGCCCAGCACCAACUACGGACUGAUCAUCUCCCUGCAGCUGCUCAGAGGUGACAUGGAGCAGGUCCGCAGAGAAAAUCCUCUCAUUUUUAGCAGGGGGGUAGCCAUCACUCGGAAACUGGGAUUCCCAGAUGUCAUCAUGCCAGGCGACAUCCGUAAUGACCUGUACCUGACUCUGGAGCGAGGAGACUUUGAGAGAGGAGGGAAGAGUGUUCAGAAAAACAUUGAAGUGACCAUGUAUGUCAUCUACGCAGAUGGGGAAGUGCUGAAGGACUGCAUCAGCCUGGGUUCAGGGGAGCCCAACAUCCCAGAGUAUCGCUCCUUCGUCCUCUACCACAACAACAGCCCUCGCUGGAGUGAGGUGAUCAAAUUGCCGAUUCCCAUUGAUCGAUUCAGAGGGUCCCACCUCCGCUUUGAGUUCAGACAUUGCUCAACUAAAGAUAAAGGAGAGAAAAAGCUUUAUGGCUUUGCCUUCACCCCUCUGAUGAGAGAGGAUGGAACUACUUUAUCUGACGAGAGCCAUGAGCUCUAUGUCUACAAGUGUGAUGAGAACACAACCUUCAGUAACCACGCCCUCUACCUUGGCCUUCCAUGCUGUAAGGACGACUUCAACAGCUGCCCCAACAUCCCGUCCAGCCUCAUCUUCCAGCGAAGCACCAAGGAGACAUUUUGGAUCGCCACACAGCUUUCCUCCACCAAGCUCACUCAAAACGUGGACCUCCUCGCUCUCCUUAAGUGGAAGGCCCAUCCUGACCGGGUCAUGGACAUCCUUGGGCGUCUGCGACACGUCAGUGGUGAAGAAAUAGUCAAGUUUCUUCAGGAUAUUCUGGACACAUUAUUCUCCAUCUUGGAUGACAACACAGACAAAUAUGGACCCCUUGUGUUUCAGUCAUUGGUUUUUAUCAUUAACUUGCUCAGGGACAGUAAAUACUAUCACUUCAGGCCGGUUAUGGACACAUAUAUCCAGAAACACUUCGCAGGAGCUCUGGCCUACAAAGAGCUGAUUCGCUGUCUGAAGUGGUAUAUGGACCGCUCUGCUGAGGUGGUCAGACAGGACCACAUUCAGGAAGCAAUGAGGGCUCUGGAGUAUCUGUUCAAGUUCAUCAUCCAGUCUCGGAUCCUUUACUCCCGGGCCACCUGCGGGAUGGAAGAGGAACAGUUUCGAACCAGCAUCCAGGAACUCUUUCAGUCCAUCCGCUUCGUCCUCAGCCUGGACAGCCGCAACUCAGAGACCCUCAUAUUCACUCAGGCGGCGCUGUUAAACUCCUUCCCUGCCAUCUUUGAUGAGCUGCUGCAGAUGUUCACGGUGCAGGAGGUGGCAGAGUUUGUGCGUGGGACCUUGGGCAGCAUGCCAUCAACGGUGCAUAUUGGACAAUCGAUGGACGUGGUGAAGCUGCAGUCCAUCGCUCGAACUGUGGACAGCAGACUCUUCUCUUUCCCUGAGUCUCGGAGGAUUCUGCUCCCAGUCGUCCUGCAUCACAUUCAUCUUCAUCUGAGGCAACAGAAAGAACUGCUCAUCUGUUCAGGGAUACUCAGCUCCAUUUUCUCCAUUAUCAAGAGCAGCUCACUGGACACGUCAGUGCAGGAAGAGGUGGAGAUGAUGGUGGAAUCUCUGUUGGACGUCCUCCUCCAGACACUUCUGUCCAUCAUGAGCAAGAGCCAAUCGCAGGAGGCGGUAAGGGGUCAACGCUGUCCGCAGUGCACCGCGGAGAUCACUGGAGAGUACGUCUCCUGCCUCCUCUCGCUUCUCCGCCAGAUGACUGAUAUCCACUUUCAACACAUGAUGGAGAAUUUUCAGAGCAAGGACGAGCUCAAGGAGUUUUUGUUGAAGAUUUUGUGUGUGUUUAGAAAUCUGAUGAAGCUCAGUAUUUUUCCUCGUGACUGGAACAUCAUGAGGCUGCUCACCAGCAACAUCAUCCUCACCACAGCUCAGCAACUCGCUCCUGCUCUGCACAAGAACUUUGCUGAAACAGACUUUGACUUCAAGGUGUGGAACUCCUACUUCAGUUUGGCCGUUCUCUACAUCAACCAGCCGAGUUUACAGCUGGAGAACCUGAGUCCUGCUAAGAGGAAGAAGAUCUUAGACAAGUAUGGCGACAUGAGAGUUAUGAUGACCUAUGAACUUUUCAACAUGUGGCAGAACUUGGGAGAGAAUAAGAUCCAUUUCAUUCCUGGGAUGAUCGGACCGUUCCUCGGAGUGACGCUGGUCCCUCAGGUGGAGGUGAGGAACAUCAUGAUCCCGAUCUUUCACGACAUGAUGGACUGGGAGCAGCGCAAAAAUGGAAACUUCAAACAGGUGGAAGCUGAACUAAUUGACAAGUUGGACAGUUUGGUGUCGGAGGGAAAGGGCGACGAGAACUACAGAGAGCUGUUCGGGUUGCUAACCCAGCUGUUUGGGCCCUAUCCCAGUCUGUUGGAGAAGAUUGAGCAGGAGACGUGGAGAGAGACAGGAAUCUCAUUUGUUACAUCGGUCACGCGGUUAAUGGAGCGACUACUGGACUACCGGGACUGUAUGAAAGGAGAUGAAACAGAAAACAAGAAGAUUGGCUGCACAGUGAACCUUCUUAAUUUCUACAAGUCUGAAAUCAACAAAGAGGAGAUGUACAUCCGUUACAUCCACAAACUGUGUGACAUGCAUCUGCAGGCUGAGAACUACACUGAGGCUGCAUUCACCCUGCUGUUGUACUGGGAGCUGCUGCACUGGGACGAGCGACCAGUUAAAGAGUUCCUUCAUUAUCCUGCUCAGACUGAGUGGCACCGAAAGGAAGGACUCUGCCGCAAAGUUAUCCACUAUUUCAACAAGGGAAAGUGUUGGGAGUACGGUAUUCCUCUGUGCAGAGAACUGGCCUUCCAGUAUGAAUCUCUCUACGACUACCAGAGUCUUAGCUGGAUACGAAAAAUGGAAGCAGCAUAUUACGACAACAUCAUGGAGCAGCAGCGUCUGGAGCCGGAGUUCUUCAGGGUGGGAUUCUACGGCAGGAAGUUUCCUUUCUUCCUCCGAAACAAAGAGUUUGUCUGCCGUGGCCAUGACUAUGAGAGGUUAGAAGCCUUCCAGCAAAGGAUGCUGGGAGAAUUCCCACAAGCUAUUGCAAUGCAGCAUCCAAAUCAGCCAGAUGAGGCCAUUCUGCAGUGUGAUGCGCAGUACCUCCAGAUCUAUGCUGUGACACCAGUUCCAGAAAGUGUCACUGUCCUUCAGAUGGACAGAGUUCCAGACCGCAUCAAGAGCUUCUACCGGGUGAACAACGUUCGGCGAUUUCGUUACGACCGGCCGUUCCACAAAGGACCCAAAGACAGAGAUAAUGAGUUUAAGAGUCUCUGGAUUGAAAGGACAACUCUGAUCCUGACUCAUCCGCUGCCUGGAAUUUCACGCUGGUUUGAGGUUGACAAGCGGGAACUGGUGGAGGUGAGUCCGCUGGAAAACGCCAUCUCUGUGGUGGAAAAUAAGAACCAGGAGCUGCGGACUCUGAUCAGUCAGUACCAACACAAGCAGCUGCAUGGGAACAUCAACCUGCUCAGCAUGACGCUGAAUGGAGUCAUCGACGCUGCCGUGAAUGGAGGCAUCGCCAGAUAUCAAGAGGCUUUCUUUGAUAAGGAGUACAUCACCAGCCAUCCUGAAGACACAGAGAAGAUCACACAACUCAAAGACCUCAUGCAGGAGCAGGUUCACAUACUAGGGGUGGGCUUGGCUGUACAUGAGAAGUUGGUGCACCCAGAAAUGCGUCCCUUGCACAAGAAGCUGAUUGAUCAGUUCCAGAUGAUGAGGAGCAGCCUCUGCCAUGGCUUCUAUGUUGCGUUUCAGGGCCCACCUGGUUUUGAUAAGUCUGGUUCUGGAGUCAGCAGAGGGAUCCUGGCCUCUCACAACCCGAUGAGCCCAGAGAGCUUCAAACUCGUGCACCGACACAGUGAGGCAGGAAACCUGCUGAUCCUGGCGGACGGCAUGCUGGUGGAGCAUCCAGAGGAUUUCUAUCGCAUGCAGGCCAGUCCUUCCUCUUCCAGUCUUAGCUCCACCCACUCUGCUCCAUCUCAGAUGAUAAAUUCCACCCCGUCCACAAUGAGAGUGGGUUCUCCUUCUCUGCCAGACAAAUACAGACACAACAGAGAGAUGCUGAUGCUGCUGCCGCCCCACAGAGAGAGGCCGAGCAGCGCCAUGUACUCCAACAUCACAGAAAAUGGACAGCCACCAAACUUUCAGAGAGCCUUGUUUCAUCAGGUGAUCGGUCCCUGUAAGCCCUGCAGUGACCCCAACCUCUCUGUGGCUGAGAAAGUUCUGACCACUCCCAGCAGUUGGAGUUUGGACAGCGGUACCAGGGAGGCCCUGCCUUUCCUUUCCUCCCAUGUUGGGAGUGUGAUGGCUCCACCAGUUCCACCCCGGAACAUUCCUCAUGGGCAACACCUGUCGAUGCACUUUGAUGCUUUCCACCACCAGGUCAGCGACCUCCCUCCAGCUCUCCCUGCGCGCUCCUUAAGAAAGUCUCCCCUGCACCCUAUACCUGCCUCGCCCACCAGUCCGCAGUCCGUCCUGGAUGGCAGUAACUCCACACUCUCGGGCAGCGCCAGCUCGGGGGUCUCCUCCCUCAGUGAGAGCAACUUUGGCGGUGCCACCUCCUCCUCAGACCCCCCGGCCAGCCGUACAGACACCCUGGAGUCCGUCCCCAGCAGCCAGGCCUGGACCACUGACCAGGAAGACUUGGACUCUCCUUAUCAGCCCGUCAGAUACAGCAUCUCUGAGCCAGACGUCCUGGAGGGAGUUAAAUCUCCCCCCUGCCGCAGCAACUCGGCCCCAGGAGGAGUCAAUCCAGCCCAAGUGGGAUACCAGAUCCAGCCUCAGACUGCAGGGUUGGGCUGCACUGGAGUUCCACAACCAGAUGGACUGCAGCAGCAACACCAGUUUUACCACCACCACUUUCACCCUCACUACAUUCCCCACAAUCCACCUCUCUACCAUCUCCAUGAGCCCCCUCCUGCCUUGCCGCCUAAACCAUACCUCAGAGAGGGCUGCAUCCCUGAGGAGGACCCCCUGAUCGCCCAGUCUGGACCGCCACGCCCGGCUGUACCUCGGCCAAUGCCGCGCAAAAUCUCCCAGCCCAUAAUAGCAGCAACCAAGGAUGAACAAGCUAAGGUGGCGUGGGAGCACGGCAUCAGUGAGGAGUGAGGCCAGGCGAUGGCUUGGAGAAACAGAACAGAAACUGCUUCUUGUUGAAUACAAACAUGAGAGCAGGAGCCAAACUGGAUCUGAAACAUUUAGAUUCUCCUCAGAUGUCCUGCAGGAACCACUGAUGGCUCAGCUGAUCUGAUUUCUCUCAGACUCUGCUCUGCGCAGUGACUCGUCCUAAAUAUCUGAACAUUUUCUUUUUGUCUCACUUCAUCCCCGUACAAACUGAAAUAGCUUUCCUUCUACAUCCAUCAGUAUAAAAACCCAGUGAUAUUUCCAAAUGCUGCCACUUCCUAAAACUGCACAGAUAUCAUGUUAUUGACUUUGGUUUCAUUUACAAUAAUAAUAUACUCCAUUCUAAUGAUGGGAAUUUCAAGUACAAAAUUUGCCCAGGAAUUGUAUUUUUUUUAUAUCUCACUCUUAUAAUGUUAAGUGAAUGGCACUUUAAGAAAUGGACAUAGAACCAUAAUAUUUAAGAGAAAUUUUACUUACAGUAUUUAAUAGACACUAACAAAAUGCAAACAGUUUUGCAGAGAACCAGAUGAAAAAUUAUAAUAUUUAAAGAUUCAGUUCUUUUUUAGAAGCUUAGAACAACGAGCCCAACAAACUGAGUCAGUAAUUGAUCUGGUACAUUUAAUGACAAGGGUCUUGAUGGAAGUUAAUGGUAUUUUUCCAGUUGCUAAGAGUGUUAAGAUUAAAGGGUAUAUAAAGUUAUUAAAUAUAUAAUUUAUAUUUAAAGUUUAUACUUUUCUUUAAAGGUAAAGUUGAUAUAGAAAUAUGCAAGAUGUUGGGUUUCUGAGUCCAAAGUAGCUGUUUGAUAAAUGUGUGUUUGUUUGAAAGGUGGAGAAAAGCUCCACAAACACACAGACUGUAAAUUUAAAGUUGUAAAACCCAUUUUACUAAAAGUUGCGAGGAUGCUGUGGAUUUGUUUUUUGUUUUUUUUUUUUAGCUAAAGAUGGUUCGGACGUUAAACUUAUAAAUAUGUGUCUAGUUUCAUGUGGAGGGACAUUUAUAGAAAAUGACAGUCAUUUUUAUGAAAAUAACUGAUUCUUCUUUUAAAUCAGGGUAAUGUUUAUAUGCAUGUUUGUUUUCUGAUAGCUGAAACUGGAACAGAAGUAAAUACCUUGAAAGCACUCCAGAAAUACUGAGGCUCCUGUUGUUCAGGAAAUGCAACCAUUAAAGUCAGCAUUUGUUUCUGCUGAUAAAUGAUCACGUCUGCUUACAUUUUUCAAUUGUUAUGUAUAGUUAAAGUCACAGAAAUGACCUGAGAACAGUUUGGUUCACCUGGUUUUACUUUAAGUAUCACACCUUAACCAUUUUUUGCCUGAUGCUGAAUCGUAUUUUCUUUGCCAGUUGAGUUGAAUCAGACCUGUCGAUAAUGUUUUUACUUUUGCUCAAAGCUACCAUUUCACUACUGUAAAUAGUUCAUUUUAACACAGAGAUGUUGUGAACAAAUAUCCUGUAUUUUAGGCUUUGCGGUUUAAGUUAAAGACUCCAGUGUUGGAAAGAGAUCAGUAUGUUAUGUGACAGAUGUCGGUGGCUCUGCCAUCAGGUUUUAAAAUGUUCUGCUUCUGUUGUUGCUGUUUACACUGAUGUAAAUGCUCCAGAAUCCUGCAUGUUGUGUUCACUGACUCAAACUCAAUGAAUUACAGUUAUAAUGACCAGUUUCACCUGGGUGUGCUAUCUUUUCUCCACCUGCAGGUAAACAAGAUGUGGAUUAUAACUUAAACUUAAUUAAAUCUUAUUACAUUUCUGAUGGGUUCGUGUGAUGAAGCUGCUCAGGUUUAGACAUAUUAAAACUUCUAGGUUCCAUACAGAAAUGUUUUUGACUGAACUUGCAUCUGGAAAAUGUACUAGAUUUUUUGUAGAAAAUAGACAUACAUAUCAGUAGCAGUAAGUAAGAUUUCCUUUAUACUGUUUAAAAAUCAAACUAUGAUCCCAGUAGAUUAACAUUUAUAAUUUAAGUAUUAUAAAUCUCAGAAGAUUUCUCUUCUGAGAAGUGAGAUCUCAGUAGAUUUUGUACUUCAGGGAAAUAGUUUUGGUUGAUGUCUGACACUCAGUCCACAUAGCUACAAUUGUACAACUUUUAUGCAUUAAAAUCCAGUGGCAGCUUUUAUAUUUGCUCUGGCAUAGAGUGAUACGUUAUUGAAAUAUACUCUUAAAGACAGCUGUAUUUGUUUUACAUUUAAAGGAGCAAAAAAACUGAAGCUGGGGAUUCAUGGUAAAGAAACUUAAAAAAUGUACAUUUAGUACUAUGGACUGAAUGAAUAAGCAGAAGCAAACAGAUUGCAACUAACUCCUAGAAAAUUAUUUACCAUGUCAGACUGACUUACAAAACUGAUGGUAAAACAGCAACAUAAUAUAGAGUCUUUACCUUAAAGACUCAAUAACUGUGGAGUAAUUUUUCCACCAAUUUUUGUUAACGUUUUCCCAGACUUUUUUUUCCCCCUUGCUGGUGUUAUGAACCAGCUCAGCCAGGGGUAAGGAGAAGUAACAUUAAAGAAACCUAGAUGUUAAGGUUUAUCAGUUUGGGAUUUAUUGUUUGUGUUUAACAAAAUAAAAAGGUAAAACAAAAAACCCUUACAAUCAAAAGUUAAGGUGUGGUAACCAAAAACAAAACACUGAAUAAAACCAUGUCCACAAAAAAACCAGAGUUGGAAACCAAAGAUCUUAACUAAACAAAACAGGACCAAAACCUAAAGUUAACAACAAACAACAAAACUUUAGUAGGCUACUAUAAGCUUACAUACAAAGCCCCCCACAGGGACUGUCACAGGAAACAAAGAUUUACAAAAGCUCACACAAAGACAAUGCAGUAUACUAGUGAUGGGCUAUCUGAAGCCAGGCUUCGAGGCUUGUACCGAGUAAUAUGGGGGCGUGUCCGAUGAAGCCCCGCUUCGAGGCUUGUGUCGUCUUGCUGAAAACCACGUGACCGGCAACAAACGAGGCCUCGCAUUGCAUGGGUGACGUGACUGCUUCAUUUUGUGUGUCAGUUUUCAAAAUAAAAGCGUGAUGAGCCGCUUCUUGAUUCCAUCAGAGGAGUAUUUGUCUUCAGCAGAGAGGCCUUUUAUAGUUCAUGUGUAUUAAUGAUUUUGAUGAUGGCACUUAUCAAAGUGUAAUGUUUGUUACCAGUUUUCUCAAUGGUUAGUUAUGGCAUAUUUUGUGACUUUAUAUUUAUGUUUUUAUUAUGUAAAACAUUUUGACACUGCAUCGUUGCUGAAAUGUGCUACACAAAUAAACUUUAUUGAAAAGGAGCCAGCAAGAAGAAAAAAAUCUGACAUCAGGGAAUACUUGAGAUGAUAACUCACAAGAUUCUUAAAUGACAAUAAUUAGACCUUUCACCUCCAAAAUUCUCACCUUCUUGAAAUUUCCACUAUUUCUUUGUUGUGCAAAAAAUAUAUCAGUCUUGCACAGCAGAAACAGACUUAAAGAUGUUGGAAAAGUAAAAUUCUGGCUUAUGAGUAAAAAUAUAAGGGAUCAGAUCAGAGAGCCAAUAGAAAUCCAAGAAAAAGAACUAUUGAAGAAUUUCAUUUCAAUAUACACAAUCCAACAGGAACUCAAGGGACAGCAAUGUAGAGAACCACACUGCUGUUUGUGCAGGGACACAAACUACAAUUUUCAGUUCUAGCUUUUACAUGGUAUAAACAGAAAUUAGUUUAUCUGCAAAGUUUACAAGCAUUUGGUUUGAGAAAAUGUACCAUUUUAUUAGUUCUAAGGUUCAAUUUAUUUUGUUUAUAUAUAGCUCUGAGGUGCCACCUAUUGGGAAAAAAGACAUGAUUUGUUAAAUUAUGGCAAAUGGCAACGUGGUUAAUAAAGCUGAGGCGGAAAUUCAAACAGGAAGACUCUAUUCAUCUCACUACUCAGCCAGAGAUCUCAUCAUGCGCCUCGAUUCCAACCAAUCAGUGAUGGUCUCCUCCUCCAAUCAUCAAGCAUUGCUCACUUGUUCAUCUGCUUGUUCAUCGUUGGCUGAGCUUCAACGUUCCUCCACCCCUCCUCCGCCUUCACCUUGAGACUUCUUCAAUACCCAUUCAGUCUUCGGCAUCCUCUCCACUACCACUGUCCGGGCCCAACGGGGGAAGCGCCAAAGACUUUAAUUAAACAAUUAAACUUUCUAAUACCACUCUCUCUCUGUUUGAGUCUUCCCAUGUUGAAAAGGUGUGUUUGCCUUGGAUGUACUUUAUGAAAUGCUUAAUUUAUUUUGUGAAUUU